AUGAGUGAUAGCAGCGCAGAUUCGACGAACACAAAGCGACCCGACGGCCACGUUACAAAGCGGGCGAAGAAAAAAGUGGGCGUUUCAUCGGAUGACGUCGGCAAACGUAUCAAAGUGCCGAUGUUUUCAUCGGAGGAUCCAGAGUUAUGGUUCGCCUUACUAGAAGGGCAACUGGACAGCGCCGGUAUCACCGAUGAUCAAACAAGGUUUGCACACGUAACAAAUAAUUUAGAUAUCACUUUCGCUAAAAUUGUGAAAGAUAUUAUUAUAAAUCCGCCCUCUCUUAACCGAUACGAAAAAGUCAAGACCGAAUUAAUAAAAAGACUAUCCGCCUCACACGAAGUAAGAGUCAGGCAACUCCUAAUGCACGAAGAGUUAGGAGACAGAAAACCAUCACAGUUUGCACGGCACCUCCAAGACCUGGCUGGUUCGAACAUUCCGGAGGAGUUUUUGAAAACAAUUUGGUGUAGCCGGCUUCCGAAACACGUGCAGACAGUUCUGGCUACGCAGCCAUCACAGUCGUUGGACCAACUUUUGGACCUUGCGGACCGCGUGCACGAGAUAACCGCAGCGAAAGACGUAGCAGCUACUACCACGUCGCAGACCAACUCACCAAGUGUGCACGCCGAGAUCGCAGAACUUCGGAAAAUGGUCGAGCGACUAUCUGCAAAACUGGAGGAACGCAGCGACAGAUCGAGAACUUCAACGCGAAGAGGAACUAACCAUCGAGCGUCGUCACGUAGUGGAUCGCGCUCAGCUUCCAGCUACAGAAGAUACCCGGUAUGCUGGUACCAUGCGAAGUUUGGUCAAGACGCAAAGAAAUGCCAGAAGCCCUGCGACUAUCAGCGUUCGGGAAAUGCCACGGGCAAUCACUAA